UAUUUCAAAUUUCUGCCGCAUUUGUGAUUUUUCUAAAAAAAACCCUUUUUUCCUUCUUCGCCUCCGCCUCCGCCUCCGCCACCAUUUUUAACUAUGUUCUGCCACUCUAUCUGUCCGCAAGUCCUCCGUCGCCUAUCACGACUCUUGACUCAAUAAGACCUCCAUUUGCUGUUUCUUCCUUCUUCCUUUUCCCUUCUUCAAUUUCCAAAGAACUUUAGAAAGUUAAACCUUUUAUAUUUGAUUUAAUUUCAAACGUUCUCAGUUAUGGUGGAACUAUCAAGAGGCGAAAAGAACUUCAUACGAGGUGGAAUUGCACAAGAUCUUCGUUGUGACGGUCGAAGUCGGUUGUCUUAUCGACCAAUUCAUGUUGAUACCGGGGUCAUUCCACAGGCGGAUGGUUCAGCUAGAGUACGGAUUGGAGGAACAUAUGUUAUUGUUAGUGUGAAGGCUGAACUAGGAAAACCCAGUUCAUCUCAAACUGAUAAAGGAAAGGUUUCAAUACAUAUUGAUUGUAGUGCAACUGCUGCGCCUAUAUUUCAGGGUAAAGGGGGUGAAGCAUUAUCUACUGAACUUGCUGCUGAUCUCCAGCGCUGUCUCUUGGGUGGUAAAAGUGGAGCAGGAGCUGGAAUUGAUCUUUCAUCCUUAUCUAUUGUGGAAGGAAAGGUUUGUUGGGAUCUCUAUAUUGAUGGCCUUGUAAUUAGCGCAGAUGGGAAUUUACUGGAUGCUUUAGGUGCCGCCAUAAAGGCUGCUUUGAGUAACACUGGCAUUCCAAAAGUUAAUGUCAUUGCUGCCGACCCAAAAUCUGUCAACGAUCAACCUGAAGUUGAUGUUAGUGAUGAAGAAUUUCUGCAGUUCAACACUUCUUCUGUCCCGGUUAUAAUUACAUUAACCAAGGUUGGAAAACACUACAUAGUUGAUGCAAAUCUGGAGGAGGAAUCUCAAAUGAGUUCAGCAAUGUCCAUCUCUAUUAAUAGGAAGGGCCAUAUAUGUGGUCUUACUAAGCGUGGGGGUGCUGGGGUGGAUCCAAGCUUACUGUUUGACAUGAUCUCAGUUGCAAUGCUUGUGAGCGAGAAGUUUAUGAAUAAAUUAGACUCGGAGAUUGCUGCUGCAGAAGCUCGUGAGGGAGAAUCUUGAAAAUCAUUUGACAUGUUUGUUCUGUCAAAUUUUGUUGCAGAAUUAGGAUAUAAUUUUACAUGAAGAAUCACUCUUAGAAGUCAGAAGUAGUCUAUACUGUGUAAUUGUUGAGAAAAAUAGUUAAAAAUUUAUAGCCAACAAUUUGUUCAUCGAGCAUCAUAUCUUUAGGAGUCUUUCUAUACUCAAAUUCCUUGAUUGAUAAAUAAUUCAAAUAUGAAAUACAAAAUAACUGAUACAUGCAUUGUUAAGGAAAAAAAACAAA